AGGCUGUGUCGCGCGGAGCACUCUGGGAUUUGUAGUUCUCGAGAUGGAGCGAGCCGUGCCUCCCACGGUGCCUCUGGGUCAGAUGGAGGUGUUUCAGGCCCUGCAGCGGUUGCACAUGACCAUCUUCUCCCAGUGUUUUUCACCCUGCGGGAAGUUCCUGGCGGCUGGGAACAAUUACGGGCAGAUCGCCAUCUUCAGCUUGUCUGCUGCUUUGAGCUCCGAGGCCAAAGAGGAAAGUAAGAAGCCCAUCGUGACCUUCCAAGCCCACGAUGGGCCUGUCUACAGCAUGGUCUCCACUGAUCGACAUCUGUUCAGCGCUGGGGACGGGGAGGUGAAGGCCUGGCUGUGGGCAGAGAUCCUCAAGAAGGGUUGUAAGGAGCUAUGGUGUCGUCAGCCCCCGUACAGGACCAGCCUGGAAGUGCCUGAGAUCAACGCUUUGCUUCUCGUCCCCAAGGAGAAUUCCCUCAUCUUGGCAGGGGGGGACUGCCAGCUGCAUACGAUGGACCUAGAGACGGGGACCUUCACGCGGGCCCUGCGGGGCCACACAGACUACAUCCACUGCCUGGCGCUGAGGGACCGGAACCCUGAGGUGCUGUCUGGGGGCGAGGAUGGGACCGUGCGGCUUUGGGAUCUGCGCCUGGCCAAGGAGGUCCAGACAAUUGAGGUCUACAAGCAUGAGGAGUGCUCCAGGCCCCACAAUGGGCGCUGGAUCGGAUGCCUGGCAACCGACUCCGACUGGAUGGUUUGUGGAGGAGGCCCAGCACUCACCCUCUGGCACCUCCGGUCCUCCACACCCACCACCGUCUUCCCCAUGUGGGCACCACAGAAGCAUGUCACCUUCUACCAGGACCUGGUGAGGCGCGCUGCCGUGACUUUACGACCCCUGCCUGGUUCCUGUCUCUUAGUUCCUGACCCUGAAACCCUCUGCCUGCUCUCCACAGAUUCUGUCAGCUGGCCAGGGCCCCUGCGUCAACCAGUGGCAACUGAGUGGGGAACUGAAGGCCCAGGUGCCUGGUUCCUCCCCAGGGCUGCUCAGCCUCAGUCUCAACCAGCAGCCAGCAGCACCGGAGUGCAAGGUGGGUCCUGCAAGGAGCUGUGGGGGUCCUGGGAGGCCAGGGGUGUGGGUAGCUCAGUCACCCCCCUCUUGCCUCCAGGUGCUGACAGCUGCAGGCAACAGCUGCCGGGUGGAUGUUUUCACCAAUCUGGGCUAUCGGGCCUUCUCCCUGUCCUUCUGACCUCCCGAAGCUGGUAGGGCCGGAGCAGGAGGACCUGGAAGAGGCCCUAAACCCACCCUCUCAGUCAGGGAGAGGGCCUGGGGCCUCAGCGAGCAGGGGUCGGAACUGUUUUUUCUUUUUACAAAAUAAAAUUUCAGGCUUUUC